AUGGCCUUCAUUUCGAGACAGCUACAAGAACAAGCCACGAUGAAGGCGCGCUGCGCCCGUGGGGCCGCCGAGCGCGAGGAGCAGCGCCGCGUCCGUGAGUCCUCGGACCGUGAUGCGCAAGCCGCCUUCGAAGAGGAGAAACAAAAGGCUGUCGAGCGGAAGAAGAAGGAGAAGGAGAAUGCCGAUUUCUUGCAGCAGCAGAUCAAUCAGAAGACUAUGGAGAAACGUGCCAAAGAGCAAAUGACGGAGGUGGAACAGGCCAUGAACAAGGAACGGCUGGAUCGUGCCAAGAAGCCGGAGACCCUGCAGAUGGUAGCGCAGCACAAGCUCAGGCAAGUGGGUGCUGCGGCCAAACGCGGUGCGUAG